UCAAACAUCGCCCCAAACGCUCCUUCUCCGCGCGUGCUAUAUCUUGGCCUUCUCUUCGUCUACCGUCUACUUCGCCCGUCGCCGUCUAUCCCGCUCCGGUCCACCCGAUUCUUGACUCGGUUCCUCUCUUCCGGUCCCGCCUUCAAGUUCUCGACAGCUCAAACUGAAGGCCGAAGCCCAUAAGCUAGGAGACUCAAUGAGGAACAAAAGGUGCAAGACCGAGAAGUUGGAAGACCAAGAAGAACUUCAAGGGUCAACCUCUCAGGGUUUGAUUGAAGAAAAGUUAGAGGUAUCUUUGAAUAAGGAUAUAUGUACACAUCCUGGUUCGUUUGGAAAAAUGUGCAUCCGUUGCGGGCAAAGGGUGGAUGAUGAAUCCGGUGUAACAUUUGGUUAUAUACAUAAGGGUUUAAGGCUUGGUAAUGAUGAAAUCGUUAGGUUACGCAGCACAGACAUGAAAAAUUUGUUGCAUCAUAAGAAGCUUUACUUAGUUCUUGAUUUAGAUCACACACUGCUAAACUCUACUCUACUCAAUCACCUAACAUCUGAGGAAGAAUAUUUAAAGGCCCAAUCUGAUUCUAUUCAAGAUGUUUCAAAAGGCAGCCUCUUCAUGUUGGAUUUUAUGCAUAUGAUGACCAAAUUGAGGCCUUUUGUUCGAACCUUUCUCAAAGAAGCAAGUGAAAUGUUUGAGAUGUACAUUUAUACAAUGGGUGACCGACCCUAUGCAUUGGAAAUGGCUAAACUUCUUGAUCCCAAAAAGGAAUACUUCAGUGGCCGUGUCAUUUCACGAGAUGAUGGCACCCAGAAACACCAAAAGGGUCUUGAUGUGGUACUAGGGCAAGAGAGUGCUGUCGUGAUCCUUGACGAUACCGAAAACGCGUGGACGAAGCAUAAAGACAAUCUGAUACUGAUGGAGAGAUAUCAUUUCUUUGCUUCGAGUUGUCAUCAAUUCGGCUUCAAUUGCAAGUCUCUUUCUCAGUUGAAGAGCGACGAAAGCGAGCCCGAUGGAGCACUUGCUUCUGUUCUUAAAGUACUCCGACAAGUCCACCAUAUUUUCUUUGAUGAACUUGAUUCCGAUCUUGCUAGUCGAGAUGUUAGGCAGGUUUUGAAGACGGUUCGGGAGGAAGUGCUGAAGGAUUGUAAAAUUAUUUUCAGCCGCGUCUUUCCCACAAAGUUCCAGGCAGAGAAUCAUCUUCUCUGGAAGAUGGCGGAGCAACUGGGAGCUACAUGCUCGACCGAAACCGAUUCUUCAGUGACGCACGUCGUUUCAAAGGAUGCUGGAACGGAGAAGUCCCGUUGGGCGGUGAAAGAGAACAAGUUUUUGGUCCAUCCACGAUGGAUAGAAGCUGCGAAUUUCUUGUGGCAGAAACAUCCUGAAGAAAAUUUUCCGGUCAGCCAAACAAAGAAUCAAUGACACCAUCUUUUCAUGUAGUUUUAUCUUUAAACGUACUGUUGAUGAAUGACCAUAUUUUAAUGUACACAUUAAAAGCUUCCACGUUUGGUUUGGAAGGAUUCUUAACACUUCUUUUGUAGAUUAAACUAGUUGUCUGAUUUUCUGACUUCAAGGUGAAAUAGGUUUGACUCAAAAUUCGAGGUCGAUUAGUUAUUUUUCAAAGUUUAAACUC